AUGAAGGAAGACAUAUCUCAACUCAAGUACGAGCAGGGCAUGGGGAAGGACCUGAGGGUGAACAGAUGGGUGGCCUUGGGGUUGUACUCCAUAGUGGCGGCAGUAGGAACCUUCGUGCAUGCAGGAUUUAGUGGCUGGCAACCAAUCAUAUACAAGUCAGGGGCCUUCAGCGAAUUAUGUGGACCAACGGAUGAUAUGCGAGAAUUUAAAGUUGAUGCAAAUACGUCGUAUAUGACAUGUGGGAAUCGAGACGUAGCUGUGAAUAAUUUAUUUACCUUGGCCUUCUUUGUUCAUUUUUUCCUGUCGUCAGUAAGUGGGUAUGUAUUAGAUACCUUUGGAGAGAAGGUCUGUUUUCUAAGUGGACAAAUAAUUCUAGCAACAGGAUUUCUAUCGCUAGCAGUGUUUAAGUUUUCCUACGUAUGGUAUUUGUUCUUUUUAAUGCUGGGUAUUUCAGCCGACUUGUCCUUCAUUCCCUUGUUAAAGAUAUCAAAAUAUUUUCCUGGACAGGAAUCCCUAAUUUUCGGAAUCCUUGGAUCAGCAAGAUCUACGGGGUUCGCCAUUGGGUUACUCUUAAAAUACGCCUUUUUCUAUACGUUCAAUUUUAAGGAUAACGAGUUUUAUAUUUUGUGCCUAUUUUACCUGUGUGUAUGUAGUUUGUAUUCAUUUAUUGUGGGUAUCUUCAUCGUACCUAGUAAGAAGAGCGCGCAGUCAGAACUAAACAGUGAAGGAGCAACGGGAUCAUCAAAUCCAGAGAAAAAAAGAAGCAUAAGCAUUAUGAACGAAAUGGACAGAAUGGAAACUGCAGAUAAGAAAUCAUUCGAUAAUUAUGAGACUUAUAAAUUCUCAGAUAGAAUAAAAUCUUUAUGGAAGCAUCCGCAGAAGUGGGAAUAUUUAAUCACCGUAUUUAUAUGCAGUUCGAGUAUGAUUCGAUUUGAUUUUUUUAUAAAAUCCAAUAGAUCCAUUCUUAUAUGGAACGAUAAUGAUCUCACGACAAUAUUUUCUCUCUCCACUAUUCUAUCCUUUAUCCCAACCCCAUUCUUUGGCUACCUGGCUGGAAAGUUUGGUUCUAUAUACAGUAUAUUAACAAACAACAUAUUUAUAUUUCUCACUUAUAUCUUGAUCCUAUUUGAUGGGUACUUUUUCAAAAUGAUGUCCAUCAUUUUGUUUUUCUUUUACAUAUCAUUCGUUUUCUCCUGUUUCUAUUGCUAUGUGGAUGAGAAGUAUUCGAAGAAGCAUUUCGGUAAGCUGUGUGGAAUUAUGUUUGCAGUUAGUGCAAUGUGCUUAAUUAUAAAUUUUUACCUCACCUACUUGACUGAUGUGGUAUAUAUGUACCUGGGUGAUAAGAAGCACUUGCCCGUGACUUAUGGAUUGAACGCCCUCGGGGUGGUAACCCUGCUUUCUUGCGUGUACUUAAAAAUUACGGAGAAGAAGUGA